AUGGGAGACUCAGAUAUCACUGGCAAUGAUGGGAUGAAUAGUACAGAGACAGAAUCUUGUGGUGCGAGUGGAGGUUAUGUCGGCUCUGUAAAAGAAUUUAGCAAUCCUUGUCAGCCAUGUUUAGAGAAUGAUAGAAAUAUUGACUCAUUGUUAUACUGUGUCGAGUGUGAAGAUUAUUUGUGUGAAAAAUGUGUAGAAAUGCAUAGAAUGGUUAAACCUACCAAAAAGCAUAAACUUGUACCUAAAGAUGUACUUAAUAACUGUGGAGAUGAGUUGAUGAUAAGAAGAGAAGAGGAAUGCCCUAUUCAUAUGAACGAAAUUGCCAUUGCAAGCACAGCUGAAACAACGAACACACAGUCAAUAGAAGAAAAGAUAGCAGAAACACAAAGUAAAUUAAACGAUGCAAUUGAGAAAAGGAAUGUAGAUAUCACAAACCUAGAUGAAGAUAGAAACGAUUCCUUGCAAGUGUUAGAGCAGAUCAAAGUAGACACUGAAGACACCUUUCAACGAUUAUUACGUUCUCUUGAGGCAGAAAACCAGAAGGUUGAAAACAUAUACAAGAAAGAAAAGGACGAAAUUUUGGCCGAUAUAGAAAAUUAUUCAAGGAUAAUAAAGGGCUUAAACACAACUUUAACGUUGCUUCAAAAAGAAAACAUCUGUCUUGAAUACAAAUUUAUUCAAAUGAAAAAGGCAGAACAGCAAAUACAAGCAGUUCAGAAAGCAAUUAUAGCUGCGCCGUCUAAACCUGUAUCACAUAAAAUCGGAUAUGAGAGAGAUAAACAGUACGAUAAGAAUUUGGCCGCUUUUCAAAGAUUCGGAUUUUUUAAAAGUGAUAAAAGAACUUACACAAGUUCGGAGUCUAGACGCAUAAAUAUCAUACAAAGGCAAGAGAAGGUAGCAACUGUGUUUGACAUUUGUGAGGCAGGGGAUGACAAGAUUCUGAUAACAGACUGGAUCAAUUGCUGCGUCAAAGUUAUUGACACAAACAAGGCAGUAGUGUCAAGCACAUGCCAAAUAUCGUCAAACCCAUUUGGCAUUUGUAAACUAGAAGAUGGAGCGUUUGCUGUAACAAUCACACACUGUCGGAAAGUCAGUAUUAUAGAGUUCCAUAGAAAUAUGCCGGACCGCUUAAAGGAAAGAUUGUCUUUUGAAACAGGAGAAUACUGUCGUGGAAUAGCAUACAGUAAUAAAAAGUUAUUUGUGGCAUGUGGAGGACGGGAUGAGAAAGAAGGGCCGGGUCACAUUAGAAUGUUUGAUACUGAGGGAAAUAUUUUGAAAACAGUAACGAAUGACUCAUUUAGAAAAGCAAUUGUUGGCUUUCCUUGUAAAAUACCAUUCCUUCCUGGCGUGACCACUGCACUUAUAACAGAUGUCAACAAUUUGAUUCAUCUUAAUGUCUCAAAAGACGAUAAGUUUGACAUCAAAAAGCUUAAUACCACAAUGGCACCACAAACUAAAUAUGCAUCAGUCUGCUUUGACGCGAAUGGACAUGCUUUGAUUGCGGAAACUUCUACAAAAUCAAUAAAGUUACUUUCGAAAGAUUACACUUCUUUUGAACCAGUUGUGACAGGUUUGCAACAAUAUCCGCUUGCAAUAUCAUUCGAUCACCUGAAUUUAAAACUGUAUGUCGGAUUAUGGAAAUCUGAAGAUUUGUUAUGUUUUCAGCUGGACAAAAACAUAUGGGAUAAGCCAUCAACUUUCAGCUUAAGACCAAGUAAUAUUGAUCCAUGA